AUGGCAGCAAAAAGACCUCACAUACUAUGGAAGACGGUGUCCGACUCUUAUAUCAAUUAUUUCUUUGAUCUUUGUAAUGGGCUGGAUAGACUGAGAGACAGGCUGACUGGCGAUUAUGAUCCGCGUAAUUCUGAUAUCGUCUCGAGGCUUGUGAGUGAGUUUCAGACUCAAAGCUACAUAGAUAUCUGGAACUGGAAGGUCCCGUUACUUUUCAGUAGCUACAUAUUAAAACUAGCAAUACAGCUUCUAGUAUCUACGGGGUCCAUUCUAUUCUCAGCCGUAUACUUUCACAACUUUCCUGAAGUAUUUCCAUGCCCUAAAAACCUUGAUCCGAACUCCUACGGCUGGCACUUAAACACGACAGUCACUUGCGUUUUCCCAUCAAUCCAUUUCAUGGCACUCCUCCAAUACGGGGACUUUAUCCUACUAGGACUAAUCAUGCUAGUACUGGCAUAUGCAUUCAUAUGGGUCAUACAGUGUCAUCCAAAGGAGCUCGGGCAGUCAAAGAUAGCCGAGAUAUGUUCCCAGUCUUGUCUCAUACCAAACGACUAUACAUACACGUAUGCUAAAUUUAUUGGACCGAGAUAUGACGCCAUUAAAAAUGACAUGGACUUCUUGCUAAUGAUGCUGUUUCGGGCCAGCUCCGGUAAGGGGGCUACGCUAAAAGAGAUGCUCAUUAAGGACAUGAUGGGGCAGCAUUAUAGCAAAGACGACGAACUCCUUCAGUUGUUUCUGGAGCAAAGGGAAGAAGAGGAGGACGUGGCGCAGUUAUUUAAACAAGCAAGAUUCAGAGCCAUCAUUAAAACCAUAGGGAAAGGUGGAUCACCACGAUACGUAAUAGAGAGCAAGCUUAAGCCAAAACUCGGACUAACUGAUGAUAAGGAAAAACCACCAAACGCAAACGAAAUAUCAAGACUGGUCGAGAGUUCAGACAGAAUAAUAAAAGAGGGCAUUGGCAAUUUCCUAGAUAGUCUUUACAAUGAAAUUGAUGAAGAUAUGGAUGAAGCACACGUACCUCCUUCCUGCAAUUGCUGUGAAUGUAUAAACUGCUACAACCAUGCAUCUGAUGAGAAGAAGCGGUUUAAAAGAGAGCUACACAACUGGUGCAAGAAAGGAGGAAGGAGGGGACACCUCAGGAAAGUUUUAGAAGAGCACAAUCUUAAGAGUCUUGCAGAGUAUGAAAAGAAUGCACACACACACAUAUACAUAUACACGUAUAUGUACAUGUAUAGAUAGCAUGCAUAAAGCAAUUGAGUAUUGACUCAAAACAGGCUUAGGGAAAAUGUUCUCGAUCUAGCUCAGUAACAUUACAUGAUUAUAUGAACAUGUACUGGAUGUAAGUGCAACAGUCAGGGUUUCCCAGUACAGUCCAACUCAUGAGGUGUGCUGUGUAGCUUGCUUAGUA